UACUUUAGCGGUUCUUCGGCAGGCCAUAAACAACUUGGUAACCAUAAGAGGGAAGGGGAUACGAAAGAGGCUUCUUUGAUACUAAAAAAACAAAAUGUCCCGUGCUGCUGGAACUUUGGUGACCACCAACAAUGCGACCUACAUACCGCCACGUUUCAUGCCAGGGUAUAGGGGAUAUUGCCCAACGAUCAAAUAUGAUUAUGGUGAAACAUAUGGAAACCAAACAGCCAAGUACUUUCAGGAUUACAGAUCUUCUGUGCUGAACAGUUCUGCUGAUCCCUAUUGUAAAGGUGGCUCUUUUCCAACUGUUUACACCCACAACCCUGACCUUGUCAUCAGCAACAGGACAAGAACCCAGGAUCGCUGGCUCCAAGCUCCCAAGUACCAACUGUCCAACGUGGAUCAUGACCGCAAAGAGGAGUUGUAUCAGUUUGAUAGACUGUCACAAGCACACCGUGAACACUACAAGGAUAAGAGCGGAACAGUCAAGAGCAUAGACUUCUACAGCAUACCAGCAUCAGCCCAAGAGCAGUUUAAGAGAAAUGUCCCUUUCCUUGUCCUGUCUACGAAGUACCGGGAUGAUAUCAACCUUCCUUUCUUGGAGCAUGUUGCACGGAGGAAACCUCUGAUCCAGAGGGGAGUUACCUCUUCAUCACAAAGAGAUCGUGAAAUGAGGGAUGUCAUAUUUGAGAAACGCUAAUUUAAUUUCCUUAUUAUCAUAACUAACACUCCUGCUGACUUUUGGAAAAGGGGCAAAAAAUGGUCUUCUAUAUUUGUUUGAGAGCUGGGAUAAACUUAAAACAUCAUAAAAUGUAAAUAGGAACAUCAGAGAACAAUCGUUCAACAUGGUUUUUAAGUAAGACUUAAUCUUGAGAGUACUGUGACUGGCUGAACAGAUAUUGGGUUUACUGGCAGGAUGACUUUCGCAAUAUAUAUAAAUCAGUAAAACCAAUGCUUAAAGCUAGAGCUGUUGACACAAAGAUGAGCUUGAUGAAAAUGACAGUGGUAGUAUGAGGAUUCACUCAACAAAGCAACUGUACAUACAUCUGUUUGUUUCCUGAUCUCAAAGUUGAGCCUGAAUGUAUUAAAUGAAAAGCCAAAAAAUAUAUUUGAAAAGUUAAAUACAUGUAGUGUUUAAGGGUUUUAAAAAUGUUUUCUAAAUUGAUGUGAAAAACGAUUCAGUACCAACUAGAAACUGCUUGUAAUAAACUCUUGAGAAAUAUGACUUGGCUUUUUCUUUCGAAACAAAUGAGUAAAAUUACCUGCUUUAUGUUAUAUGUUUAACUUUGACGUACAUGUUUUUUUCUUUUUCCAUUUCUUUUUAUUUUUAUUGCUUUUAUUUUUUUAUCAAGUGCAUUUCAAAGUGAAUAUAAGUGACUUUGAUUGCAAGCACUGAAGUUUUUUUCUGAUUAAUUUUACUUUGUGUAUUACUUGUCGUUAAAAUUAUUAUUCCUUUCAAUGAUUUUCUUUCGUUAUUUUGUUUCAAAAUUCGGCUGUGAUGCAUUGUUUUUAUGAUACUACAUGUCCUUAUUUUGUUAUAUUGGUCAAUCACAGAGUGUAUUCUAAACUGAUGAGCAAUAAAGCAAUCACUCUUUUA